AUGUAUCCAUCCUACAACAAUAGUUGUAAAUAUACAAAUCCUAUAAAUAAUGUCCCCAAAAUCUCAUCCUCUUACAGGAAUGGGUGCGCUACAGAAUCAUCAACCAAAGUUAUUCCUCGAAAUAAACAUAAUGCAGCUUCCACACAAGUGUUUCAGCAAAAUAAUUGGGAUUCAAAUAAAUCUGCUUCCACUUUGCUACCAACUUCCUAUUUAAGGAGGUUAUGUAAAUUGGAUUCCAUCAAAUAUAGUGACGAAAUGAGCAUUCCGAUUAGCAAUAAUACAGAGGAUUACAACCACAUUCAAAAUGGUAAUAAAAAUCAACUAAACUUUCAAACUCCAAAAACCAAGAAGUUCGAUGGAGUCUACCUUUCAGUAAAUCGCAGAACACAACCGGGUAUUUCGGCAGCAAUAAGAUUAUUGUCACAAAAUCUGAAGCCAAAAACAAGUCCUAAUAACGAAGUUAAUGAUGAUUCUAAUGGUAAUAGCGUUACUUGCGAGAUCGUUACUAGUAAUAUCAAUACUAACGAAAAUACUCAUAAUAAAAUUACCACUAAUGAUAAAAAUGACAAGUUGUCCUUUACGUCUCCUCAAUCAGGUGGAGUUUAUUCUUGGAAGAAUAAACGACACAGUUAUACUCCUACUUUACUCACUAACUACAACUAUGGUAAUAAUAUUGGUAACAAUUAUAUUAACACUUCAACAUCAAUACAGACUAUAAAUAACGAAGACACUAAUAAAUUAGCGAACAGUGCGCCUUGGAAAAUGACGAAAGCUGAUUCAUUUACGUUGAUGAAACCAUCACUGCAUAACAACGGUAAUAAUGAGAUAUAUUUGACAAACAGUAAUCCAGGAUUUACAACUAAUUUCAACGACAAUAAAGAUAAUAAGUAUUCAUCUUUAUGUACACGGACAAAUAAUUAUGAUACAUUAUUUAAACGUAGCUCCUCUACAUCUCCAUAUAGACCAUUAGCAAAUUAUCGUCCAUCUUGGUCACUGUCAUCUAAUCAUAAAAUUCUAUCUAAUGAAACACUUUACAAUAGUGUUGAUUAUCACAAUGAGUAUGUGACACCUAAACAAAAAUAUUUAGAUUCGAAAAUUUCGAACAAUAAUAUCAGUAGUAAACGCCGUCCAUCAGACAACGAGACAACAACUGGAACACAAACGCCAAUGACCACAGUUAUCUCUCAAAAUUUACAGGGUUCACUAACGACAUUAUCGUCAUUGGGUGGCAACGGAAAUAAUAAUGCGACUAGAUAUUUGAAUAAAAAUGACCAUUUUCCACCUAGACCAAUUAUUGCUAAACCUUCAUUCCAUUCAAAACACAAUACUAAUGAAGUAAACAUGGAACGAAAUGAUGAACAUCAUAAAUAUGGUAGAACAUAUUAUAUUGCACGUCGACCUCAAAUUGCACAAUCAAAUCAUCAAAAAUAUCUACCUCAUGCAUUAAAUCAUGACCGUAAUCUUUCAUUUAAUAAUAUUUAUGAUGCUAACACCUUGAUAAAUAACACUGAUACUGCUGAUCAUGAUUUCAAUUUUACGAACAAAACAAUCAGUAAGAAAAUAAACAGAAUGUCAGAUUUUUUGAAGCCAAAUUCCUAUCUUUCAAACAGCACGUUAGCUUCGUACGGGAGAAAUUCAUCGUCUUUAAAUUCUUUACCAAAUGAAAUCGGUUCUUUGCCUUCGUUAAUUCAAUCUGAGUACUACAAUGAUGAUCACCGUAUUAGCAGUAAUCAUAGUGAUAAAGUUGUUGCUAACCGUAGUAUCUUCGACAAUUACUCCCCGAUUUAUUAUCCAAAUAACCAGACUUUAUAUACUGCUCGGCGUAAUUUUCCAGAUGAUCGGAGUCAUCCAUCCCUACAAACAAAAUAUUCUUAUCACCAAGAUAAUCCAGAAGCUUUUCGAUCAUUUAGCGUUAGUCCAGAAAUAGGAAGAAGAAUUUCUGAAGAUUCUGUGAUGUUACCCUCUAGAAGCUACAAUGAAAACAUUAAUAUGAUUGGGUCAAAUUCUAAUCUUCGUCUUUGUUCAUCUUCCCCAUCACCAAUUAAGAGAAAACCGUAUCAAGUUUCUUUCAAUCUUGAUAGAAAUACUUACAUCGAAUACCCUUACUCAGAAUCCUCAACUUCAUUAGUGCAAUGCAAACGUGUACCAGGUUAUAUAAGUUCAAGUGGAGCUACUCCAGGAGAAACCAAUGUAAACUUUAAAACAUCACCAAAAUAUCCAUUCAGUUGGAGCAAUGAAAAUGGGGUAACAACAAUUGGAAAAGCUGUAAAUGGCUAUGAUAAUGAAUAUUCCAAACAAAUUAAUUAUCCACCUAGUUUGUAUGCUUCAUGGCCUAUCAGGCCAAAGUAUAAUCGUUAUUCAUCACCUCCUCCACAACCAACUUUAAAUCAUGAUGGGGAUAACAUUAAUUUUAAUUGUAGUACAACUGAUCAAACUGCCAUUAUAGAUCCUUCUACACUUAAUAGUUAUACUGCAGCCAAACCAGAAAUCCGUUUUAUCGAUACAACUUUAAGUUCACCAGGGAAUUUUAAUUUAAACAGCAUUAAUAAUAUAAAUACGAAUAAACCUCCAGUGUUCGGAAGAUCUCUGAAUGGUUUAAAAUUGCUUUUGUCCAAAUCUACGCAUCGUUUCGAUGCAAACAAUAGUAACGCUAAUCUAAAUGGUGGUAAGUCAUUAUUUAAGCAAAUCGAACAUGAUUCAAUCAAUCCAAGACAUAAUUCAGCAAUCGAUAUUUUGAAUCAAACAUCAUCAUUUUCUUCAUAA